AUGUCUUCCGCGCUUUGCCCGGCGACCUCAAGAUAUGGUCUCGCUACCACAAGUCCUCGCGUUGAACGCCCAAAUCCCAUUAUCCUUACCAAGGCACCUCGUCGCCAUCUUCGCAGGAGCUACGAGCGGUAUAGGUGA